GACUAGAGUAAAACAAAAUCGAACAAACUUUAGAAAGGCAUAUGCAAAACGGGAAGAUACGUGGCAAAAGACAUUUAAUCGAGUCUUUUAAAACAAUGGAAAAUAAAAUGGCAGGUGCUGGAAUCUGAAAACAAAAACGUAAAUACUGCAAAAAAAUCAGCCAGUCAAGCAACAUCUGUGGAAAGAGAAGCCAGUUAUUACUUUGGGUCAGGCACCCUACUUCUGAAUCUGGGGUGGGUGAAGUGAUGUACUUUGGUGAGAAAAAACAGUCACGAAAAAUUAUGGAAGAAAGAGGUAACCAUUCAGCCUAUUGUGUGCAUGCGGCCAAUAAAACAACUAUUGACAUUGAUCUCACUCCCCAAGUCUUGCUCUGUAUAUUAUUAAUUUCGCUCUUUUUUGCACAAGAAAGGUGGUACUGUCUCGGUGUUUAAAUUUUGCCCCAAUUUCUCCACAACCAUUUGCUUCUUGCGCUGUUCAAAUGAUUUGCAGCCGUCGUCAUAGCAUUGUGACCAAAGCGAAGGAGUUGAGCGAGGCGGAAACACGAUGCCGCGGUUGGAAAUACGAUGCUGCGGGGCGGAAAUACGAUGCUGCGGGGCGGAAGAGGGGUGUGAGAGCUGGGGUCGUUCGUGGUCUUUGGGAGGGAACGACGAAAGAUACGGGCACCGAAACAUCAACCUUUCGACUCGAAACAAAUCGAGGUCGUGGAAACGAGAGAAACUAGUUGUUUUUCGAAAUCAGCACAGGGAAACAGAUUCAACAACAAGAAGGAAUCUCAGGAGAAUCAUGUGAUUAAAGUGAAAAGUCAUGAGGGCAUGUUCAGGUCCUAAGGAGAAUACAAUCCAAUGAGACUUAAUAAACUGGAUCAUGAAAAUGUAAUGUGUAGACCAAUUUAAAAAAAUCAACUAAAACGUUGAAAAAAAUGGAAAGUCAGAUAUUUGAAUCUGAUGAAGUGUGUACAUUCCAGUACCAAGAUUCUUUACCUUCUUUACCUGUUCCACUUCUUGAGGAGUCCUUGGCAAAAUAUUUAGACGCAGUGAAGCCAUUUUUGAGUGAAGAAGAACUUCAAAGGAGUACAGAAAUUGUUAAUGCAUUUGGACAAGGGAUUGGUAAACAGUUACAUCAAAAACUUCUGGAGAGGGCUAAAGUUAGGAGAAACUGGCUUGAGGAAUGGUGGCUAAUCACUGGCUAUUUGGAGGUCCGAAUGCCAUCAAUGUUGAACGUAAACUUUGGAGGUCCUGCUCCUUACCUAGAACACUUCUGGAUACCGAAAGAAGGGACUCAGCUUGAACGCACUGCAAUAGUUGUUUAUUACAUGCUGCAGUUUUGGAAUCUACUUAGGAAGGAGUGCCUGGCUGUGCAUAAAGCUGGUGGUGUGCCACUAGAUAUGGACCAAUUUCGUAUGUUAUUCAAUACCUGCAAAAUUCCUGGAGUAACCAGAGAUUCCCUUGUCAGCUAUUUUAAAACAGAAGCUGAAGGUCCAUGCCCCUCCCAUUUAGUGGUCCUUUGUCACGGUCGAGCCUUUGUCUUUGAUACCCUGUUUGACCAUCAAAUCCUUACACCGCCAGAGUUUUUCAGACAACUCACUUAUAUCAGGGAACGAUGCAACAGCGAACCAGAAGGGCCAGGUGUAUCUGCAUUAACUGCUGAGGACAGAACACGGUGGGCAAAGACACGGGAACAUCUAAUUAGCUUGGAUCCCAAUAAUGGGACUAUCCUGGAACAAAUUCAGAGCUCCUUGUUUAUACUCUCGUUGGAUGAUGCUAGUCCCCAUGCAACAGCCAACAAUUACUCUGAAAUAUGUCUAUCAGCCCUAACUGGAAAUCCAACUAUACGAUGGGGUGACAAGUCCUACAAUUGUCUUAGUUACUCUAACGGAACAUUUGGUUCAAACUGUGAUCACUCUCCAUAUGAUGCAAUGGUCAUGGUUUCUGUGUGUUAUUACACUGAUCAAACUUUGAAGUUGGUAGAAGGUAAAUGGAAGGGAUCAACUGCAGUGCGUGACCUCCCUUUGCCAGAGGAGCUGGUAUUUGUGCUGGAUCAAAGGAUUCUAAAUGACAUAGAACAUGCUAAACAACAAUACUACAAGCAGGCAUCAGAUGUCCAAAUUGUUAGUUAUGCCUUCACUGCUUUUGGCAAAUCUCUGAUCAAAGAGCGAAGGCUUCAUCCAGACAUUUUUGUACAGCUUGCCCUUCAGUUGGCCUACUAUAGGUUUCAUGGACGGCCGGGCUCCUGUUAUGAAACAGCAACAACAAGACGAUUUUAUCAUGGCCGAACUGAGACGAUGAGGCCCUGUACUGUUGAGGCAGUGAAAUGGUGCCAAGCGAUGCUGGAUCCAGCAGUUUCUAAGAUGGAACGUCAUCAGAUGAUGAAGAAAUCCUUUAUGAAGCAUCACAAAUUGAUGACCGAAUGUCAGAAUGGUAAAGGGUUUGAUCGUCACCUCCUGGGUCUGCUUCUUAUUGCUAAGGAGGAAGGUCUUCCUGUGCCAGAGAUCUUUUCCGAUCCUGCCUUUACUAAAAGUGGUGGUGGAGGGAAUUUUGUUCUUUCAACUAGCCUUGUUGGAUAUACUACGGUCCUGGGUGCUGUUCUUCCUAUGGUUUACAAUGGCUAUGGAUUUUUCUAUCGUAUUCGUGAAGAUAGGAUUGUUAUAGUUUGUUCGGCCUGGAAGUCAUACCCAGAGACCGAUGCAGAAGAACUGUACAAAGGGCUAGUUCAGUCCUUUCAUGAAAUGCUUGACUUGACAACAACAGCCCAGCUUUAAGUGGUGACUGAAAAAAAAUUGCAAAAAAAAAUACUAACGUGCUAACCCUUAACAUGAUACAUUAGGCUUCUGGUAAUUAUUGCCUGUGCAUCUGUAAAGUUGAUGCCUCAAAACACAACAGGACAUUGAUAUUGAAGAGUAGUAAUUCAAAACAAAAUCAAUGCAACACUUUUGAAACCAUGCAAAAUUCAAUGCAAAAAGUUCAGCAACAAUGCAGAUUCUCACAUACAGGGCAGUUUUGUAUUUUAUUUUUAACCAUGUUUAAUCAGCAAAUAAAUACCAAUAUUAAUAAUUUUAACUAUAUCUUGAUGGACCUAACUUGAUUAAUUCUUAGAGACAUUUUAUAGAUCUGAAACUAUGAAGUAGGCACACUGUCUAGGAUAGGAAAUAGUGUAUUUACAAUUUGUAAGUAUAAUUUUAGAGAUAAUCAAAUAUUUUAUGUGUAAAGUAGAACAUCAAAUAUAAAAAUUCUGUUAGGUAGAGCUGACAAUAGAACAUUGUUUGACUCACAACUGUGUCUUGCAGUUGCAUUGUUGAUCGUAGUCUAUUAAUGUGUGCAUGAAGCAUGGAGUAACCAAAAUGACCACAGACUGUUAAGCAAAUCUGAAUUCCAUUUGUCAUUUGUCAUUGUUCCUUUCCACACCUUGUGGCACAUCGGGCAGCAACCUUUAGCAUUUUUGUUUGUUUCUUUUUAAAAUGAGCCAAGUUGCUAGCUCGAUGCUCAACCCAGCACGGAUGGAAAGCGUGCAAGGUGCCGGCCAUAUUCAAACCCAGGGCUACUUGCCUUGAAGUCCAGUGUGGAUGCCACUACACCCCAUUGACUGGCUCUUUUGUUAUUUGUGUCACGUACCCUGUGACAGGAAUAAAGAACCAGCAGAGAUGGAAAACACUUUGGAGUCUCGUAUUGCUAUCAACUACUAAUAUUUAUUAGUAACUACGCAAUACAGUAAUAUAAAUGUACAUAAAUCAAACAGGUUAGCAAUGAUUAUAUACAAAAGUAAGUGUGGAAUAGAUAUGUAUGAAAACCCAAGCUUCUUUAAGUCUAGGGCUAAAGAGAUACAGUCCUACAAGGUUGAGUAAAGUUCAGUUAGUGGUAUUGAGUUGAGUAGGGGGUGUGUGUGUGUGUGUAUAAAUUAUAUAAAUAUAUUCAUUCAGGUGAGCUGAUGCCGUCGAUCUUCUUGUCGUCCUCCGAAAUCCUUUACAAGUCACUGACUGUGACUUUAACCAGGGGAACCGGUUUUCCUGUGGUGGAGCUAUCACCCCGGCAAGGGUGGACACAUAGACAACUCCCCACCAGUCAACCCCUUCUCCUACGUUGGAAUUGCAAUUUGGAAUCGAUCCGCCUGAUCGAUCCUCCAAAACCCACUUUCUCUGCUGUCACAACAAUGCUCAUUCAGUGUCCAGAUCAUGUGUCUGAGGUCUGUAUUAUCUGACCUCCCAUUUAUUUCACCAGGCUGAGCAUCACCUGUCACUCAAAGAGUCCCUCCUUCCUCUAUCUGUAAAGAAAUGCAAGCAGGCAACCUGCCCUUGAAGAAAUAUCAACAACCUGCUGAAAAUCAUAACAUCGUCCAUUAAAUAACACCGCCUUCGGUCACCAUAGUAACUUACGAGCUGCUCGGUGCUGUCUCCAACUCCAAACUUCGUAAAAAUCCAAAGUUACUUCCAAGGCCUUAAAGUGACAGUCCAACCGUCACUCUUCAUAUCUAUCUAUCUAUCUCUCUCUCUCUCUCCCCCCCCCCUCUUCCAAACAAACCAUCAAUGAUGAAUGCCUCUCUGUGUCUUUCUUCAAACAGUUAAUAGGGGCACUCCUGGAUCCCCUCACAUUUGAAGGAAGUUCAAAUCUAUUUACUGACAAGCAAUAGUUUUAACUUCUGGUAAUAUCAGGCUCUGUUGAUGACAUUGCCUACCUGGUGAAUUAUGUAGUGAAUGUUUUUUACGUUGUUACUAUUUGUUUUCUACCUGUUCUAGCUCAUUGCCCAUGUCCAUCAGAAGAGGAAAAAUUAAUUUAGAAAGGACUUUGUGGCCAGUGAAAAGCUCCAGUUUCUGCUGAUGAACUCGGUUGGCAGUGUAUCACACUGAGUGACUCAUCUGUUGAUUAUUAGCCUGCUGCAUAGAUUACCCCGACUUCAGCAUCCCUGUCACAGGGUCACAUUCACACAGCUUUUCCGCUUUUCCCUGCUUGAGUCAGUUUUAGUUUCCUUGAUUUUUUAAAUAUAUUUCAGCUGAAUUAUUUUCAAUUGUUACUGCAUGUGCUUCUGCCGGCCCCUUCUCUGCAUGCUUUAAAUUCAUUUACUUUCCCCAAUUCUUCUGUGCUUAUUUUAAAUAGCAUCUCAUAUCCAUCUUGACUGUUUAUUGGCCUAUAACUGAAAAUUCCCAUUGUUUACAAAGCUGAUGCAUACCUCUUAAACAUACAGCACCCCUUCAGCCACUUUCAUGCUUCAUUGUCUAAUUUAUGUGGUAAUGUGAAUUCUAACCUCUGAAAGACUGCUUUUCCAGUCUUAUUUUACAUAAUGAAUUUCCUUGUUGAUCACAAUACCUGCUGGUCUUCUUUUCAUAGACUUCCACAAAAUUUGUGAAAUCUUGUUUCCUUGGCACUUUAUGAGACAAUGCAUCUGCAGCAUACUGUCUAUAUGGUGAAGUGUGGCAUUGAACUCUUCAAAUGCAUGAAUUUGAGCCAGAGUAUUUUUAAAUAAAAUCCCAUCUGCCUUUUAUAGCUACAUUUCUCUAAACUGAAAGUAUGCUUUGGUACAGAAGCACUGUAUAUUAAUGGACAAUGAAGAGCAAAUUGACCAUAAAUGAAGAGAGAAAUUUUUGAAGUCAAUCAGUAGGUCAGCAAUUGUGCAAAAUGAAACAAGUCAAUAUUUCAAGUCAGAGGCCCUUCAUCAGAACUGGAAAAAGAGGUGGGGGGGGAACAAGUUAAUUUUAAGUUGCAGAGAAGAUUGGGAAAGGAUGGAUAAGACAGAGAAUAUUUGUCAUGGGGUGAGGCCAAGAUCACCAUGGAGAUAAGUUGUAGAGAUCUUUGACGGUGACAACCGCCAAAAGAGUGGUGACAACUGGAGAGUUGGUGACAGCCCGGAGAGACGGCAGCCGGGGCAGAACAGGCUGGCAACCCAAUCUGUCCUCUGAGAGGAGGACCCCCACAAAAGCUACAAAGAAUCUAAGGAAAAGAUACCCCCAGGGGUGCCCGGGGGGGGGGGGGGAGAGGAUGAGCACCCCAGGCGGAUGGACACAACGACAUCAGACCCAGGCAAUGAACAAACGACGAUGAGGAAGCAGUGUGCAUGUGGCAAAAUCUGCAAGAACGAUCGCGGCUUGAAGAUCCACCAAGCGAGGAUGAAGUGUUUGGCGGGAGCAGGAGCAGCACAACGCGCAGGUGUCCAACCUGGUGAGACGAAGGAGGGGCCAGGCCCGGAGUCACCCAAUUGUGCCCGGAACCUCCAAGUGUUGCAAACUAAUCCCUCUAACAUGAAGUCUAACAGGAGGCAGAUCAAAUGGCCUGCAGCUAACAUGACUUCACUGUGGAAGCAGUUUGAUGAAGAUGUUAACCAAAUUCUGAAGGCAACAGCGAAGGGAGGGGUUGAUAGGAAGCUGCAAGCCAUGACAACAAUUAUUGUCAGUAUUGCAGCAGAACAGUUAGGAGAAGGGAGGCUCCAAAACAUCUUACUCAAAGAACCAAAGAGCAUUGAGGAUCCACAACAUCAGGCAGGAGAUGAAAGCACUGAAUUCCCAAUACAAGAGGUAGGAGAAGAGGAGCGCAUUGGCUUGGCCCAGCUGAUGUGCAUACUACGAAAGAAGAUCAGGGUCCUCCGCCAGGCAGAGUGGCAUCAGAGGCAGCGUCGUGAAAGGCCCAUUCUUUAGUUACAGCCUUCAGUAUUUUGGGCAUCGAGGGAGGGAGGAAGAGGAGAGCUAUCCGCAGUACCACCGAUGCGGCAGAGAGGGCCUCAAGAUGGCUGUGGCUCAAAAGAGGGGAGCCAUGGAGUCAUAAGUAGCUAGCCAUCUGGACACAAGCUGGGGUCUGAUCAGCCGCGGCUGGGUCACCUGGAGGAGGUUGUAUGAUGUUGAAAGACCCGAAACACCCGAUGAUUCCAGGAACAUCACUGAAGAUGUGUCCAGAAGCAUCAAUAGAUGUAUGUCCACAGUGAAUUGAGGGGUUAAUGAGGCAGUUAGUGAGUGAGAAUCUAAACAAAGGAGUUAAAAAAAAGUAAUGAUGUGCCCAGUUGUAGGACUUGUACAGCUGUGCUAACAGGAUGAGAAAACUAAGCCAAUUUCACAGAUGAUUCGCAUCAAAAUGGCAACUCCUGAUACCAACAGAGAAAAAGUUAGUUGAUAUUGUAGAAUUCAGGUCCUGAAGGAUGCAGUUUGCUCAAGCAAAAUGUGGGGCACUGUUUUAGAUAGCCUGUAGCAAUUGUUUACAUAAUCUCUGUUACCUGAAGAAAAAUGACUACCGAAUGAAAAUAGAAAAUAGUUAAGUGAACUGUGAAAUACAUAAUACAAGAGUCUUUUAUUUAAAAGAAAUAGAGCUAUCACAGACAUGCAAUGACUACUAAAUAAGAAUAGCCAAUGAUAGUUGGUAAAAUGAAGACGAAAGAAAUGACCUAGCUUGACCCAAAAUCUGUGCUUAUUUCACAAUCAGUUUAAAUGUACCCAAAGUGUUAUAAAGAAAGAUGCAAACAUUUGAUGGUAAAUAUGUGAUAAUUCUGGAUUUUUUCUCUUGUAACUAAUUUCACAGACUAUAUCCUACAUUAUAGUGUGUGAUUUGGUUGCUUGAUUUGAAAGAUGUAAAUGAUAGGAUCAGCAACUAUUGAAUGUGGAUUUCUUUCCAUUCAAUCUUCUCUGAUUUGGGAAUUCUUUGGAGUUUAUUGUUUAUAGUAAUGUUUUUGCUAAUUUCUACAUGACUCACACACCCAUGAAAGAAAUAUUAAAUAAAGGUUCCUUGAUUUAAUCACAGUUGCUUUGUGUCAGCUCAUUUUUAGAUGAAGCAGAAGACUGUGGGUUCAUUUACCACACCAGUCCUUUAGACACCGUAUCAGACACACACUGAUAUGGUGUCAAUUAUGGAGUAAUCACUCAAAAGAAUGAAAGCUGACAUCAUAUCGGUGAAGAGAUUAAAUUGAAGCCUUGCAUGUGUUUAUUUCAAAAUACAAGGAAGACCUCCCUGGAUUUCUGAUUGAUUUUUAAUCCUCAAUAAGGAUCUAAGGUCACUUCUGUUUAUACAAACGUAACCACUGUAUGUUCCUGUUUGUUAAAGGUGCAGUCUUGGAUUGCAAAAAUAUCAAAAAUGACAAACAUACUUCAUUUGCCUUGAACCAUCUUCAAACAUACCGAAGACAUGAAACCAUUCUUUAUAUAGUCAAGCUGAUUCUUAAUUUUGAGAAGAUUAAAAAUAACAAUUUUAUUGACAGGUAGAAAUCUUUAUGAGACAUCAAUCAUGGCCUUCAGUUGAGUUAAUUGGGGCUUUGCAGAAUCUGGAUGUGAUGUGCCUGCAACUUUAAACCUAAAGAUGAAUGAGUGAACUCUAGUGGCUUUGUGAGUCUCUUGAAGUAUAUUUAUCAAGCUUGCCUCCUCAGUUUUAGAAUUGUCUUGGGGUUCUUCUCAAGCACUUCAGGAGAAUGAGGAGGGAUCUCAUAGAAACAUUCCAAAUGUUAAAAGCCCUGAACAGAUUAGAUAUGGCGGUUAUUUCCCAUGGUAGGGGAUUCUAGGACAAGAGGGCACGAAUUCAGGAGUAAAGGAUGUCCUUUUAGAACUGAGAUAUGGAGAAAUUACUUUAGUCAGAGGGUGGUAAAUCUGUGGAAUUUGUUGCCACAAGUGGCUGUGGAGGCCAAGUCAUUGGGUGCAUUUAAGGCAGAGAUAGAUAGGUUCCUGAUUAGCCAGGGCAUCAAAGGGUAUGGGGAGAAGGCAGGGGAGUGGGGAUGACUGGAAGAAUUGGAUGAGCCCAUGAUUGAAUGGUGGAGCAGACUCAAUGGGCUGAAUGGCCUACUUCUGCUCCUAUAUUGUGUGGUCUUAUGGUCCUGUUAGCUUUAGUGUUUAUGCCUUGUCACCUGUCUACUUUCAAACAAAAAAUCUUUGCCUUCAGAUGUGCUCCUUCCUUCUAACAAUGUUCAAUAUAGGGUAAAAAUCUCUAAUCAACGACAGUACUUUGGACCUAACUGGUGCAGGACCACAGAAACUGUUCCCAGUCAUCUUCCUCUGAGUAGGAAGACUUCUUUACAAGUAUAGACACUCACUAUGUUUUUUUUAUAGAUCAGACAAUAAUUUGGACAUCUAUCAACAAAAAUUACAAAAGUUGCACUGGUAUGAUAAUUAGCUAUAGAUUAGUAUAGACCUUUGAAUUGUUUUAUUAGUGCAGAAUAUUUUCAAAACAUGCUGGACGAUGGGAGUUCUGGACCACAGAAUGCCAGACCAGAGUUUCAAUUCGUAGUGUAACAGAGAAAAUCACUUCUCACAUUGCCAAAAUAUCACCUCAAUAUGAUAGUUUAUAUGACAAAGUACCCCUCUGAUCAGGAUGAUCAAUAGCCAGUACAGCACAGGCAUGCCAAAGGAACAGUGCGCACAAUGCAUAAUUUUCAUAAUUGCCCAUUGUCUUCCUGUAGGCACUUCAGUGGAAACAUGCUGUCAUUGGAUAUAUGCAUAAGAAAAGCAACAGUGAUUCUUCAAAUAGAUCCAAGUAUUUGUUUUAAGGAAUGAAUCCUCCGUGUUAAUGUGGAAGAAUAGAGUAUUAGCAGGGAAACUGAGCAGAGUGUUUAACUUCACGAUUUGUGACUUUUAGUCAAGGCUGUCUGUUUUGUAUUUGGAGCUCCUGAUUGAAGAGUCUAGGAUCAGGAAACAGAGUUUAUGAAGGGUAGGUUGUUUAGGACUGAUGCGAAGAAAAAUGUCUUCAUUCAGAGGAUGGUGAACCUUUGGUAUUCUCUAACCCAGAAUCUGUUGAAGUUCAGCCUGUUGUGUUAAUUUCAGAACAAAGAUUAAUGAACAUGAAGGAAAUUAAGAGUCAUGGCGAUGAGAUAGAAGAUCAGCCAUGACCUUGAUGAAUGGAGAAGCAAAUAUUUGCUUAUUUCUCAUAGGGCUACAUCUGGAAACCAGCUAGGGCAUGCUUGACUGUUCAAGAUGUAGGAAUAGGGAGAUAAAAUCCCUCAACUUAGAAGUUUUGAGAUGGGAUGAUCAGAGUAGGCAGUUAGAAUUCUUUACCUAGUGAGCUAUGUAUGGGAGAGAAGGAUGCUGGGAGUAGAAGCACAGCUGUGAGGUUGGCAUGUGAGUGGAGGAAGCACUCCUAGUCCGACAAUUCAUGUCGCAAAAUGACUUGGUUUUACAACC